AGGGCGCGGCCGGGCACCGCGGGCGGCCUCGCCAUGUCCCAGCCGGCAGGGAGGAUGCAUUGCCGAAAGGCGGGGAUCCGCGCCGCCGUGGUGCUCAUCGGACUCCUGCACAAAUCCCGAAAACAGAAUAAAGAGAAAAGGAAGCAGGAGCUGGCCAACAGCUCGGAGGUGAGCCUCCCGGACCGGCCUCUGUCCCCUCCUCUCACUGCGCCGCCCACCAUGAAGUCUGCGGAGUUCUUCGAGAUGCUGGAGAAAAUGCAGGGGAUCAAGCUUGAAGAGCAGAAGCCGGGACCCCAGAAGAACAAGGAUGACUAUAUCCCCUACCCCAGCAUCGACGAGGUUGUGGAGAAGGGAGGCCCGUACCCUCUGAUCAUCCUGCCCCAGUUUGGGGGCUACUGGAUCGAGGAUCCGGAGAACGUGGGCACACCGACUUCGCUGGGCAGCAGCAUCUGCGAGGAGGAGGAAGAGGACGGCCUCAGCCCCAACACGUUUGGCUACAAGCUGGAGUGCAAGGCUGAAGCCAGGGCCUACCGCAGGCACUUCCUAGGGAAGGAUCAUCUGAACUUUUACUGCACGGGCAGCAGCCUGGGGAACCUGAUCCUGUCCAUCAAGUGCGAGGAAGCUGAAGGGAUCGAGUACCUUCGGAUCAUUCUAAGGUCCAAACUGAAGACGGUGCAUGAGCGGAUCCCCUUGGCUGGACUGAGCAAGUUGCCCAGCGUCCCCCAGAUUGCAAAGGCUUUCUGUGACGAUGCAGUGGGGCUGAAAUUCAACCCUGUCCUGUACCCCAAGGCCUCCCAGAUGAUUGUGUCCUACGAUGAACAUGAUGUCAACAACACGUUCAAAUUUGGGGUCAUUUAUCAAAAAGCCAGGCAGACCCUGGAGGAGGAGCUAUUUGGGAACAACGAGGAGAGUCCAGCCUUCAAGGAGUUCUUGGACCUUCUGGGAGACACGAUCUCACUGCAGGACUUCAAAGGUUUCCGAGGAGGCCUGGACGUGACCCACGGACAGACAGGGGUGGAAUCCGUGUACACGACAUUCCGGGACAGGGAGAUCAUGUUUCACGUCUCCACAAAGCUGCCAUUUACCGAGGGAGACGCCCAGCAGCUCCAGAGAAAGAGACACAUUGGGAAUGACAUCGUGGCCAUCAUCUUCCAAGAAGAAAACACACCAUUUGUCCCAGACAUGAUCGCCUCCAAUUUCUUACACGCCUACAUCGUUGUGCAGGCCGAGACCCUGGGCACGGAGACCCCAUCCUACAAGGUCUCUGUCACUGCGCGGGAAGACGUGCCUGCCUUUGGCCCACCUCUGCCCAGCCCCCCCGUUUUCCAGAAGGGCCCGGAGUUCAGGGAGUUCCUGCUGACCAAGCUCACCAAUGCAGAGAACGCGUGCUGCAAGUCGGAUAAGUUCGCAAAGCUGGAGGACCGGACCAGGGCUGCCCUCCUGGACAACCUUCACGACGAGCUGCACGCCCACACACAGGCCAUGCUAGGACUGGGCCCGGAGGAGGACAAGUUCGAGAACGGGGGCCACGGGGGAUUCCUGGAGUCUUUUAAGAGGGCCAUCCGCGUGCGCAGCCACUCCAUGGAGACCAUGGUGGGCAGCCAGAAGAAGCCGCAUGGCGGGGCCAUCCCCGGCAGCCUCAGCGGGGGCAUCUCUCACAACAGCGUGGAGGUCACCAAAACCACCUUCUCGCCUCCGGUGGCGGUGGCAACGGCAAAGAACCAGUCGCGGAGCCCCAUCAAGCGGCGGUCGGGGCUGUUCCCCCGCCUGCACACCGGCUCUGAAGGCCAGGGGGACAGCCGGACUCGAUGCGACAGCACAUCCAGCACCCCCAAGACUCCGGAUGGCGGACACUCUUCUCAGGAGAUAAAGUCUGAGACGUCAUCCAACCCCAGCUCUCCUGAAAUCUGCCCCAACAAAGAGAAGCCCUUCAUAAAGUUGAAGGAGAACGGCCGAGCCAACAUCUCCCGCUCCUCCUCCAGCACCAGCAGCUUCAGCAGCACCGCAGGGGAGGGCGAGGCCACGGAGGAGGGCGACAGUGGGAGCAGCCAGCCGUCUACAACCUCGCCCUUCAAGCAGGAGGUGUUUGUCUACAGCCCGUCCCCGAGCAGCGAGAGCCCCAGCCUGGGGGCAGUGGCCACCCCUGUCAUCAUGAGCCGGAGUCCCACAGAUACCAAAAGCAGAAACUCCCCGAGAUCGAACCUGAAGUUCCGCUUUGAUAAGCUCAGCCACGCCAGCUCCGGUGCGGGUCACUAAUGUGAAAGAGGAGUCCUUCGCCUGUCCGAGGGAAGCCCCGGCUCUGUCCUGGAGAAGGCUCCUGUUCCAGCAGUUUGGGGGUGCCAUCCACUGCUCUGACCGUCGCAGGCCUGCCGCCCCACUGGCCGCCGCCUGCCCCCCCCCAUGCCCGCUGGAAUCCCGACCCGGCCACAGCCCUGCCCACCCCUCACCAGCACACCCUGCAGCACCUCCCCACCUCUGGACAAGGCCUCACUCCUCGGGGUGCCCCUGCUCCUGACCUCCCAGUGUGACGUCUGUCUGGGCCGUUUGUCAUCUUGUUCAGUCUGCAGAGGAAAGGAGAGUUGGGCCGAGGGGGUGGCGGUCUGGGUCCUGGGGGCUCAGACGGAGACUGGGGAGCUGGUCUGCCUCAGAGACAGAGAGUGGGAGGUGGGGCGCAGAGGCCAGCAGCAGCACAGGGUGCCCUGGCAAGGGGCCAGCAGAGGCCGGCCCUGCCUGCCCUUGGUCACAGCGCAGCGCCUUCCUGGACAAGGCAGCGCAGUGCGUUCAGCGGUGGUGGAGGGGCUGCUUUCCAGGAGCCAAGAUCCAUUAUCAUUCUUAAGCCUGUCUGAUAAAAGUCGGCUCUACCUGUGGCUCUCGCGUCUCCAGAGCUCCAAAUCAUCCUUCUGCUUCUGUGCUGAGAACUUCUUACCCAUCUGCCAACGCCAACCCGGGGCUGCCUCCGUCCCCGCGGCUGGUGUCCCUCUGGCUGGUGAACCGUGAGCGGGGCUCGGGCUGGUUGAAGCUUGGAGCUGGCGCUGGCAUGUCCGGGACUGGGCAUGGUGCACCCCCUUAACCGUGGGCGGAACUUUCCAUCCCACCCAAUUUCACGCAGGCUCCUGCCUGCCCUUGCUGUGGGAGAAGCCCCCCGUGGCAAUCUCUUGCCAUUAAGCAGAUGUUUUUCCCACGGAGCAGUGGGAAGUCAGGAGUGGGAAGGAAUUCAGGGGAGCAAACGGGCCAGCGCUGGUCUGUGGCGUUGGUUGUGGAAAACCUCAGGGCCCAAGGGCUGGGCCGGGGUCCUCAUCUCUGCUGGUGGUGGAGGUUCAAGGAAGACAUAAGUCUUUAACUCACUACUUAGGUGAGGAGGGGCCAGGGGAGGUGGGGGAUGACUGGACAGUUUGGUGGGUUCUGAUCAGGCCGACGCAUGAGGAAAGAGCACAGUGUUCCUCAGCAACUUAUGUCCCUGGCAUCCGUGGGGACCCAGUGCUGCACUGGGGGCUGUUUCUAGCUACUGUGCCCUUUGGCUGCGUCCAGGGCACAGGCCCCCAGUCCUCUUCUUCCCCUCUCCAACCGUGGGGCUGUAGGCAGUUGUCACCUCUCUCUGCGAUGUCCUGCAACCCAGGCCCCAUCUGGGUGUGG